GUUGGAAUCCAAAAGUAAUAAACAAACAGAGCCUCAAUUAAACAACGCCCUGGUUUUGCAUGAUCAACCGCAAUAAAUUCCGACAAGCUAAAUAAAGCUCUUCUCUUCCCCCUGUCCGAAUUGAAUUGAAGUAACUUCUCUUCCAUGGCGAUUAUGACUACCGCCUUCAUCCCGUGACCCUUUCCUAAUUCUCCCCUCCAUUAAUGGAUCCUGCUGUGCUCUCUGUCUCCUCACUAUUUCUAUUUCACCAACCCAACUCAUAUAAAGAAAAGGCUUCCGCUUCGCUUCCAUCUCCACACCAAAUUAGCUCAAAGCUAUGAAUUACGACGAUGGCUACUGCAGCGACACCGCCGUCGGAGCUAUCGGCCGGAGAAGACGAGGAGAUGCCUGCCAGAAUUUCACGUGUAUGUCGCCGUGGCACAUCGUCCGCCGUUGGAUCACCGGACCGAAAUCCAACGGAUCCUCCUCGGGAAGAAAUUGGGGAAAAAGGAACUCGAAUCCGAAGACGAAAUUAGGGUUUCUGAACAGACUGGACGUCGACAACGAUGAGCCUCCAUCGUCUUCUACCGUGGAUCGUGUUUCAGAUAUCGGCAGAGAAGCUUCGUUUAAUUUAGGAGUUGGAUUCGGUUUGAUCUAUCUCAUCGCUGCAAGCAGAAAUGAGCUCAGCAAAAUGGUUGAGUUGCAGAGACAGAUCGAAGCUCUGCUUCGGAAUCUCAAUCAGGACAACCCUAAACCGCCAUUGUCCCUACCUCCAAAAUCCCCAAAUUCAUCUUCUUCCUCAAUUAUCACCGAAAUCCAAGCAGAGAAAACUCCUAUAACGAAUCAACCUGAUACCCAAUCCGAAGUUCAGAUGAGAUCAGAAGAAUGCGCGCCGGAGCCGGCGCCGGCGCCGGAGUAUUACAGCGUGCCGGCGAGAGAGCUGGAGAGGAAACUCCACGAGCUUCUAGAAGCAAGACAGCAGGAGAGAAUAACAGAACUGGAGACAACAUUGGAUCGUGCAAUGCUGAAGCUUGGGGAGAAGGAAAGAGAGGUCGCGUGGUGGAAAGACACGGCCCGCCUCAUCGCCGGCAACCUUCCGCCGAUUCCAAACCCGCCGGCGAGCAAGGUCAAGCUUCAGAGCAUCAAUGGCGGACGCGAGAUCACAGUCCGGGAAAUAACCACAAGUAUGGUUAUGAAUUCUCUGUUCGAAACUAAGUACGAAACUGUAUAA